AUAUAUUGUCAUCAGAAAAUUUUACAAUUUUAUGGAUAAAGCGACACAUUUUUUUAUUAAAUAAUAUAAAAUAAUAAUGUGUUUCAAUAAUAAUAAUUAUAAUAUCUUACUUCUUACUAAAUUGACGUAUGCCAGUCUAUUGAGUAUACGGUAGAUUGUAGAAUUCUUCCACAGAAUAAUAAUGUCUUUUCAGCAGAAUUGUCUUUGUAAAUCUUCGGAAUUUAUUAAAUGUAUUUGCCAUUUUUAAUUCUAAAGGUAGCUGAUUGUAUCAUCGAAAAUUGGAUGCAUUGGAUACCAGCGUUUGACAACAAUAUAUACAAAAAAAAAUAAUUACAUUUCAUCAAUCUAUUCCUGCAAUCUAGAUAUUUUUUCACCUGAUAUUGGUAGAACUGAUUUUAAAAAUUGAAGAAAUAAACAUAACCUUGAUUAAUAGAUGUCAUGUUGAAAGAGACAUGUAAUGUCUAAAAUUAGAAAAUAGGGAGUUGAUAAAGUUUUUCACCCUUAAGAAAAUCGAAAUGGUUUUCCAAAGUGUACUUUCCUAUGUUCUGAAUAAAUAUCUUGGAGAAUUUGUCGAAAACUUGGAUGAAAAUCAAUUAAAUGUUGGAAUAUGGGGAGGAGACGUUGAGUUGAAAGAUUUAGUCCUAAAACCGGCUGCCCUAGCAGAGUUAGAUUUACCUGUACAGUCUGUUUAUGGAAAAAUAGGAAAGCUUGUUUUGAAAAUACCAUGGAAAUCUCUAUACACAUCCAGUACUAUAAUCACUGUUGAAGAUAUAUAUUUGUUAGUACAACCAAAUCAACAAGUUAAAUUUGAUCCAGUAAAAGAAGAACGAAGACUUUAUGAUUUCAAAUUGAAGGAGAUUCAUCGAAUUGAAGAAGCAAAAAGGCUCGAAGAAGAAAAGUUGGCAGGUAAAGCACCAGCAAAAUCAGGAUGGACUCAAGAAUUUGCGGAAAAAUUAGUUGCUUCCAUCAUCAAGAAUAUCCAACUUAACAUUAAACAUAUUCAUAUUAGAUAUGAAGAUAAAGUAACUAAUUCAAAAUUUCCAUUUGCAUUUGGUGUCACUUUAGAUCAGCUCAUCGUGGAAAGUACUGAUUCUAAUUGGAAAAAAACAAUUUCUGAUGAUAUUGUUAAAAUUUAUAAGAUCCUUUACUUGGAAAGUUUGUCUGUCUAUCUAAAUUGUAAGACCUCUCUAUAUGGAGAUCUUCCCGUUGUUCAGAUGUUGAAAAAGUUGGAACUUGGAAUUGCCACCAAAUCACAUAUGCCAGAAGGGUUUACAUAUAUUCUGGGACCAAUUAACUCUUCUGCUCGUUUAAUCAUGAAUCAAAAACCGGAAUUAGAUGAUCCGUCUUACUCAAUACCGAAGUUCCAUUUUAAUUUGCAAAUGGAAACUCUUUACGUCGGCAUAAAUAAAUGUCAAUACCGAGAUAUAAUAUCAUUGGUGGAUUCUAUGGGUAGAAUGACGAAAGGUUUGCCAUAUCGCAAAUAUAGGCCAAAUAUAACGGAAUAUAAAGGUCAUUACCACGAAUGGUGGAAAUUUGCAAUCACAGCUGUUUUAGAAGGUGAUGUUAGAAGAAAAAGAAGAGAUUGGAAUUGGGAUCACAUUUUAAAUUAUAGGCAGAUGUGUAAGGAAUAUCAUACUUUAUUUACCGCAAAGCAACAGAAAAAGCAGUUAAAACCGGAUGAAACGGAUAGGCUCAUUACAUGUGAAAAGACAUUAGAUUUAACUAAUCUCAUCAUAAUUAGACAACAGGUGAAAGCUGAAGCAGUGAAAGAAGCUCAGACACAGGGAAAACAAUCUUGGUGGGAUUGGGCGUGGGGUUCUAAAUCAAAAGGCAGUAUAGAUAGUUCAAAAAUUGAUAUUAUUGACCAAUUUAAGAAGGAAAUGACACCCGAAGAAAAAGAGAACUUAUAUAAAGCCAUUGGAUAUCAAGAAAACGCAGCCCCCACUGAAUAUCCAGAAGAGUACGUCGAUUUAUCAUGUGCGUUCCUGUUGAAAUCACUUAUAGUCGAAUUAUCUGAUAUAACUCGAGAAGAAAGUUUCAUUAGAGUUCUCAAAAUUGAUCUCAAUACAGUCAGAUGUAAAUUAGAAACAAGACCCGCUGCUUCAGCUGUAAAGGUUCAGGUGAAGGUAGAUGAUUUAACCGGAGAAGGUUAUCAUCAAGAAGAUUUCAUACCUUAUUUGAUAAUAUCUGAAACUAAGAAUCGUCAAGGUCUUCUUGAAGUUUUAUUUGAAAAAAAUCCUUUGGAUAAGACUUGUGAUCAACGAAUACACGUAACAGCGUUACCUCUUAAAAUUGUCUAUGAUGCCACUACAAUAAAUAGAGCAGUGAAGAUUUUCGAGAUUCCUCCAGAUUCAAAUUUAGAACAGAUAACAGAUGUAGCUGCACAUAAAUUAACUGAUAUAAAGGAAAUGUCAUCUUUGGGCCUUCAAUAUGCUGUUGAAAAACGACCUCUUAUAGAUCUUAAUAUCGAUUUACAAGCGCCAUUGUUAAUUUUACCUUAUGGUGGAAAAUAUACUGGUAGUGAAAAUGUUUUAUUGGCAAAUUUGGGAAGAGUGAAAAUAUUUUCUUUUGGCCAAAGGAUUUCAUCUGAAAAAGUUAAACUUUUAAGUGACGAAGGAAAAUCGAAAACGGAAAUUUUAGAAUAUAUGCAAAAGAACUGUUACGACAAUUUCAAAUUGGAAUUGACUAACGUACAAAUAUUAGCUGCUCAAAGUGAUGAAAAUUGGAAAGAAGCAUUGGUAACAGGCAUAUCUAAGAUGCAUUUACUUAAACCUGUUUCUGUAUCUGUCACAUUUUCUUCAUGUAUUAUUACAGACGAUCCGAGUUUACCUUUGAAUAAAAUAAAUGGAGUAAUUCCUUCUAUUGACGUUGUUGUGUCUGAUGCUAGGUUAUUGUUGCUAGUAGAUUUAGUUACAAGCAUUCAGUUUCCUGGCGGAGAUAUUCCAGAAACUCAGCCUUUGAAAAAAGCUGCUUCAAGUACAUUAUUGUUGAAAUACAAAGAAAUGCAAGCCACUGGAAAACAAACCAAACAACUUAUAGAUAAUUUAGAACAUCAUGAAUCCAAUGUGCAAUUUAUUACUCUGCAAGCUGAAUUUGAAAUGUCUAAAGUUUCCUUACUUGUUAUACAUCAAGUGACAACCGUAUCAGAAAAACAGCUUGCUACUUUCAGAGUAGACAGUAUAAAAUGUAAUUUACAACAACAAACCUACGUUACGAAUAUUUCCAUGAUGUUAGGGGGUGUUGAAUUGGUAAUGGAUCGAGGGUUUGAAAAAAUCAAAAUUAUUGAAACUCCUAUUGGCAAAAACGAAAAAAAUCAUUCUCUGUUUAAAGUUCAUUUUAUACAGGUGGAUCCAAAAUAUUGCGAUUUCCAUUCCACUUACAAAUCGUGCGAGUCCAGUCUUCUUUUAGAUUUUGAUGUUUUGAACAUCAUACUUCAUCAAGAAGGAUUGUUAUCAUUAAUGAAUUUUGCUACCGAUAUCCAAAAUCAAAUAGCGGCUUCUACCACAGAAAAACAAAACAGUCUGCAAGAUAGGAUUGCAACAACCCAAGAUGACUUUGGAUUUGUAUCCAAACUUGCUUCUAUAGGUGAAGAGUUUGUUGAAAUUCCAGCCAAGGAAAUCAAAAAACGAUCAAAAAAGAAGAAAAAAAUGGUCGAAACUAUCAAAAUUAAAAUAAAUUCUGCUUUGAAAGAGGUAUCUGUAAAGUUUUGCUCUGAUACCACAGACAUUUCUAGUGUAGCUAUAAGCGGUGCAAAUGCCACAGUCAUUGUGAAAGACAAUUAUACACAAGUAAAUGCUACAUUACAAGAUAUUACAGUUCUGGAUUUAAACCAUAAAAGUGUACAUAAGUUGAUUAUGUCACGCUUAGAUGGUGAAACUAUAACAGCCCAAGUAGUAUUAAAUAAUAAUGAAGAUACAGAGAGUGAUUUACCAGAUAUAGAUGUCAAAGUUCAAUUGGGACGUUCCAGAAUUGUAUUCAUGAACUGGUUCGUUUCAAAUAUGUUGAACUUCCUAAAUCAAUUCCAAUCGGCACAAGAAGCUGUUGUUGAAGCUUCACAUAGAGCUGCUGAGGCUGCUAAAGAAAACAUGAAGGAAGUAUAUGAUAAGGCAACAAAAAUAGCUUUAAAUAUUGUAGUUAAAGCUCCAAUAAUUAUGGUUCCUAUCAAUUCCCAUAGUUAUGACAGUUUGCUGCUGGAUAUGGGUAUUAUAACAUUAGAAAAUAAAUUUUUAACUUUGGAUGUCAAAAACGAAGAAGAUAACCCCGCAGUUAUAGAUGAUUUGAAAAUCGGUUUCAAAGAGUUAAAAGUGUCCAGAGUCUUACUAGAUCAGCAUUAUUCUCUUCUUCAAGAACAUAUUAUGUUAAAUCCUUUUAAUUUUAAUUUAACAGUUAAAAGAAACCUUUCUACAUCUUGGUACACAUCUAUACCUGACAUUGAUUUAUCUGGCAACAUUGCUUCUAUACAUAUUAUGAUGGGAAAUAUUGAUUACCAAAGAAUCAUGGCAAUUCUUUCUGGAAAUUUAUCUGAAGGUAAAGUUGAAGUAACUAAUAAAGAAUUUGAGGAGGAAGUAAAAGAAGAAGUUCUCAAUACUGUUACACCACAAACAGAACAUGUUGAAAUUGAACAUGCAGAUGUAGCUACAGAAGCAUUAACAAAAAUUAAACCUCAUGUAUUUUUGAAAUUUACUUUUACAAUGGAAAAGUUUAUAAUUUCGCUUUAUCAUAAUGCGGAUAAGGUAGAGACCGAAGGAUUGUUUUGUGUGGAUAAGAAUCAUCAAUUUGCUAAAUUUUCGUUAGAGGGACUUUCUUUAAAAGGCAGGAUAUUAACAGAUGGCUCAUUAGUUACAUCAAUACUAUUAAUGAAUUGUUUAAUGGAUGAUAAAAGACCGGGCCGAGAAGAUAAAUUAAAUAGAAUGAUAGACAGAUCCAGCAAAAAUGAAUCAUACGAAUUUGUUGACGCAUCCAGUGCGCCUAAAAGUAUGAUUGAUGUUACUUUCCAACAGAAAGAUAACGCAAUGUUUGCUGAUGUUCGAGUUUUUAGUUUUAACAUAAUUUUAUCAAUGGAAUUCCUUAUGAAACUAGCAGAUUUUUUCAAAUUGCCUGAACAUGAGAACGAGAUAGGCACUAGUCACGAGAAUACAGUCUCUCAUAUGUCCAAACAAAAUUCUGGAUUAUCUACCAAAUCACAUGGAUAUGCAAUGAAAACUAAAUCCAAAGCUAAAUCAACUACUAAUGAUGUACAAAUGACAGUCAAUGUCAAAUUGGAGAAACCUGAUAUAGUUCUUGUCGAACAUAUGGAUAGUAUUGACACAAGAGCUCUAAUUCUUAAUGCGGAAAUAUUGUUGAAAUAUCGCGCAGCAGGGACACAUCAGGUAGUAAACGGUAUAAUCAAGGAAUUAGAAUUAUACAGAUGUGUAUAUAACCCUGCUCAACGUUCUCAAACCAGAAGCAAUGUACUCCAUCCCUUAGAUAUAAGUUUAGCAGGAUCAACACCCCCAGAAAAAGGAUUACAUUUGGAGCUAUUGAUAACAAAUGUAUACCUGAGUGUUUCACCUGCAACAAUAGAAUUGUUAAAUAAGGCCUUAGCCACUAUGACUGCCGAUGCAAGUAAAAUAAACAAAGAAGAAGAACAUAUUUACAACUACGAAAACUUAUGGAAAGAUCAAGAGUUUACAGAAGACCGAUUCUGGUUUUUAAAUACUGAAUUUGGUACUGACGUCCUUGUUCUCGAUAAUUUAAUGGAAAUGGAUAAGCCAGUGUUGCAAGAAUUAUGUAUAAUUUCAAUACCAUCCAUAACAGUAACUAUUGAAGCUGGGGUUGGUACCAAAACUUUACCAUUAUUGAUGUUAGAAACUGGUUUUACAGGCAGUGUUCGAAAUUGGAGCUCACAGUUAAACAUGGAAGCUGUUUUGACCAUGCAAAUGGGUUAUUACAAUAGCAAACUAGCCUUAUGGGAGCCUUUAAUAGAGCCAGAAGUUGUCAACAACAAACAUAUACCUUGGGAAUUGAAACUAGGGGUAACGAUGAACAAUGAAUCAACAAAUGGUGAUUCCAGCUCUACUCUUAGUCCAACAGAAUCAGAAAUAGAGAAAACGGAGAUUGAAAUUCCUCAAGCGCUAAUGGAAAUAGAUCUAGAGUCGGAGAAGAACCUUGAAAUAACAGUAACCAAAACGUUGUUGGAGAAUCUUCAAUAUUUAGGAAAGGCAUUUGCUUCUGCUUUGGAUACUGAAAAAAUUAAAUUCCAGACAUAUGUACCACCAUUUAAAGUAUUAAACGAAUUAGGUGAAGAUAUAACGUUAUUAUUAGAAGAAAGUUCUUUUGUUGGCGUUGCAUCCGGUGUGGGUGAUGUUAAUAAACUUGAAGCUGUUCCUUUAGAGCUUAAAGAGGACUACAAAAUGAAUGAAAAGUUGCAUUUGGGAAAGGAGCUCUUAGCUAGUAAUAAUAAGAAGUCACUUAUAUUGAAAGUUCAGAUCAGUGAUUUAGAUUCUACCUUCACACUUCCUGUAAAUAGAGCAGACAAAAGAUAUUUCCCGUUAAAUUACAGAAGCUCCAUUCAUGAUAAUUGGGGUUUGAUAUCAGAUAUUAGAGUUGAUGAAGCAGUAACAAUAAUUACAUUACGAAGUAUUGUACAGGUACAUAAUCAUUUCAAUGAAUAUAUCGAUGUUUAUUAUAUGACAUCAAAAGGAAAUCAAUUGGAGCUGGUGAAUACAGUAAAACCCAAUGAAAAAUUGAAUGUUCCUUUAAAAGCCGUUUAUACUCCAACUACUGAAUUAUUUUUUGCGGUAUCAAAUUACUCAGUUACAGUAUCGCCAUUUACUUGGAAGGACUUGCAGACUAACUUGAAAGUAACUAGAAUUCUCCAGAGUUUCCCUAAAAUACAAGAAAGGGAGAAUAUACCUUUUGUUAUAAAAGUAGUUGGUGAAAUGGAACAAGUCUAUUACGAAAAUACCAAUCGUCAUACUAUGGCAAGUACAUGUUUCAAUAUACAUUUAAGACCAGCGGUGAUUUUUAAAAAUGGCUUGCCUUACAAUGUUAUUUGUUGUGUGGAUGAAUCACCCGAUGAAUUUGUGGUUGAACCUGGCGAUACUCUACAACUGCCCACAGUGGAUCCUGGAAAGAAUUCAUUGGUGUUUAGGAUUCCGGAUUAUUUGGAAAAGGAAUGGUCGUGUAGGAAACCUUUAGCCGGCGAUCCUGAUGAAUUUUCCGUUUGGACUUUUGAAAGCUUUGACAGUUCAACUAAAAUGUCUCUGGAACUAGGAAUGUAUAUUGUGAAGAGGAAUGAAUCGCUGGAGCUAACUUUGUAUUGUCCGUUCUGGAUGCUUAAUAAAACUGGAUUAAUGCUCGGAUAUAGAAAGUCUAAAAAACAUGAAAGAGCAGAUUCUACUAGUAGUCUAAAGAAGCAUAAAAAAUGCGAAAGAGCCGAUUCUACUGAUAGUCCUAAGAGUGGAGAUGAAAACCUUAAUAUACUGUAUCAUCCGAGCGAUUUUAAAGGGCCAAUUUUAUUCUCAUUCAACGCGAAAAAUUUCUUUGGAAAGAAAAAAGCUUCCGUUAGGGUGGAAAAUGGAGAUUGGUCUAAUAAAUUUUCAGUAGACGUAGCUGGCUCUUCUGGAUUUGUAAAUUGUAAAUGGAAUGAACAAAUCUAUCAGAUUGGAGUCCAGAAUAGGCUAACGCACAACGGUUUAACAAAACAAAUAACAUUCACACCUUAUUACAUUAUUAUAAAUGAAGCCACUUAUGAAAUUGAAUGCCAAGAGCACAACAGACCUGCAGAUCAUUGGGUCGUUGUUGAACCAAAAUCAUGCGCAGCCUUAUGGCCGAAAAGUGAAGCACAAGAUAAAUUGAUGAGAUUGCGAGUAAAAGGAACAACGGAAUCUUCAGCACCAUUUUUGUAUACAGAGAGUCAUAAUACACUACUUCGAUUGAAUAAUAAAUAUGGUGGUGUGAACGUUGACAUUCAAUUAACUGAAGGAGCAGUUUACAUCAAUUUAGCUGCUUAUCAAGACGGCUGUGCACCUGCUUUGUUGGUAAAUCAUUCGACUUAUCCAAUAAGUUACUGGGAAAAAGAGGCGGUUCAAAAAAGAACGUUGGCUCCUUUCGCCUACUGCCUUUAUACCUGGGAAAAUCCUUCGGGACCAAGAGCAAUAGCGUGGGACAGAGGAAACAACAAAGAAAUAAUUAAUGACCUACGAAAGGAUAUGUAUGGGCAAUUCUCUCCAAAAGAUGAAAUAUUUAUAAGCUGGGCUUCCUUUUUGGAUGGUAUGCAAAGAGUUCUUCUUUUCACAGAAGAUAACCAAUUGGCAGAAGGAGCACAGGCUAGUAAUAUAUUGGAAGUUAUUCAACAAGACAUAACUGUUUCAAUACAUGGAAUUGGUUUGUCGUUGGUUAAUAAUGCUACGAGACAGGAACUUAUGUAUCUUGGAAUUGCUAGUUCAGGUGUUAUAUGGGAAUCAUCUAAAAUGAACAAUAACCGAUUUAAAUUCCUCGAUCCAAAACAGUCUAUGCAAUUGGAAAAUGCUUACCAACAAUGCUUACAAGAAUCUGAAGUAAACCCCAAAGUCAGUUGGCACGUUCAUAUAGAUGGAAAAACCGAAGUUGAUUUUAAAAACAAUAUGAUGUACAAACCUCACAAAAAACGAAUAAGACGCACUUUCAUCACAGGUCUAUGGUUUAAUAUGAAGACAAGCCCUAGUCAAAUGCAAAUACAUGCUAAGAUUAAUCGCUUACAAAUUGAUAAUCAGCUAUAUGAUUGUAUAUUCCCAGUGAUUUUAGCACCAGUUCCACCACCUAAAAGUGUUACAGUAAACGACGGUAUCAAGCCAUUUAUAGAAGUCAGUAUAGUUCAGUUACUAAUGAAAAACAGUCAAAUUCGGCAAUUCAAGUAUUUCAAAGUUUUAGUACAAGAAUUCCAUAUUAAAUUGGAUAUGGGAUUUGUAAAUAGUAUUUUAGAAAUGAUGCAAGAGGAUGAAGCCUCAGCAGAAACAGAGAAACAACAAUUUUUAAUAGACAAGCAACAAGUUGAGGAAACGUUAUAUGCACUUGCUUCUAACCAAGCCAUUCAGGAGCAGAAAAGUUUCUACGAUUUAUUACACUUUUCCCCUUUAAAAAUCCACAUAAGUUUCUCUUUAGCGGCAGGAACAAGCUCGUCUUCCCAGAAUAUUUCAACGCCACCUAUCGUUAACGCUUUGCUUCAAGGAAUAGGAGUCACUCUUACAGAUUUGAAUGAUGUUGUAUUCAAAUUAGCGUUCUUUGAAAGAAACUUCACCUUCCUUACCCAGAAGCAAUUAAUUAAUGAAGCUGCUAGUCAUUAUGCGGGACAAGCUAUAAAACAAUUUUAUGUACUUGUCUUAGGCCUAGAUGUCUUGGGUAAUCCGUAUGGUCUCGUUUUGGGAAUUACAAAAGGUGUUGAAGAUCUUUUCUACGAACCAUUCCAGGGUGCUAUUCAAGGUCCAGGGGAGUUUGUAGAAGGUUUAGCAUUAGGUGUUAAAAGUUUAUUUGGUCACACAGUUGGAGGCGCUGCAGGUGCUGUGUCGAAAAUUACAGGAGCUAUGGGCAAAGGAAUAGCAGCAUUAACAUUGGAUGACGAUUUUCAACGGAAACGAAGAGAAAAAAUGAAUAGAAAACCACAAAAUGUUCAAGAAGGUUUGGCUAGGAGUGGAAAAGGAUUAGUUAUGGGUGUUUAUUCCGGUGUAACUGGAGUUUUUACAAAACCCGUCGAAGGAGCUAGAGAAGAGGGCGUUGAAGGUUUUUUCAAAGGUUUAGGAAAGGGAGCAGUUGGUCUCGUUACUCGUCCAGUUGCUGGAGUAGUUGAUUUUGCUAGUGAUUCUUUAGAUGUCGUUAAACGAGCUGCCGAAGGGAACGAAGAUACUUUACGAUUACGGGCUCCAAGAUUUUUACAUUCUGAUGGAUUGGUGAGACCUUACAAUCAACACGAAGCUAACGGUAAUAGAUACCUUAAUCAUGUUUCUAAAGGGAAAUAUGCGAAGACAGAUACCUACGUAGCUCAUUAUAUCAUAAUACAGAACAAAGAAGUGCUCUUAUUAACCGAUCGGAGAGUGGCUUAUAUCACACACAACGACAUUUUUGGGGGAUGGCAGAUUGAUUGGUCUUAUACUUGGGAAGAAGUUACGAUGCCAGCCAAAGUAACCCCUAAAGGUAUCCUAAUCGCUACAUCAGAAAAGAAGAAAAAGCUAUUUGGUUCGAACUCUAAUAGCAAAAUAAUACUUGUAUCAAGUUCACAAACUAGAGAGGAGAUAUGUGAAAAAAUCGAGUCUUUAAGAUCUGUCUAAAUUAUAUGCUAUCAAAUAUUUUUACAAAAUUCUUGUUUCUCUCGCUUUAAUUAAAAUCAAAUACUGAAACUUUUUACAUAUUUGUAAAGUUGAUAGGGAAAAUGCGAUGUUGGAAUUCUUUUAAGAGACAAUUAACAAAAUUAAAUAUUAAUUGACCUAAAUUAGUUCAAAUUAAUUAAAUAUUGAAUAUAGGUUAUCGUUUUUUGUAUUCACUAAUUCACACCAUUCACACACAAUUCAACUCAUUGUUUAACACAGAUAAUUGGUGGCUUUGAUUACAUUAUCGAUUCCUUAUUAUCGAGUUCCAUUUUAUAAAUAAGUAAAAAAUUCAGAUUAUUUGGGUUUUUCAUUUGUUGGCGUAAGCACUAAGAAAAAUCACUUCAAUUUUUGUUAUUUAACAUAAUAUGAGUACAAUGACAAAUCUUCCAUUAUAUAAUCGCUUUUUUCAAUUUUAAAAAUUGUUGUUGAGACUAAACUAAUUUUUUUGCACGUUUGUACACUUAAUGUUAUUGUUUUCUCAAAAUUUUAUAUUUUGUUUUUUUAUAUAUAUAUGUUUGAGAUGCAAACCUGUGUUUUAUUUAU